UGUAUCACUUUGUUAGAGGCCGUCGUCGCAGCAAGAACGUUCCCCCCAGCAAAAAUGAAAGUCCUCAUCCUGGCUGUUUGCAGCUUGGCUCUGGUAGCCGCUGAUGUGUCGCAUUUGUUCGGUCAUGAUCACCAUGAUCACCACGAUCAUCCUGGCUACAACUAUGACCCUCCGAGCAUCCCCUUCGACCUGCCCACUCCGGCUCCAGCUUACUUGCCCCCGGAACCUGUGACUGCCCCACCUCCGGUUUACCUGCCGCCUGCCACCGUGAAGCCCGCGAUCCCGAUUGUCAGGACUCCCAAGCCGGUGUACCUGCCUCCUCCACCUCCACCGCCGCCAGUUGUAAAGGUCAGCCCACCCAAGCCAGCCUAUCUGCCGCCUCCACCACCAGUGGUCAGGGUUAACCCACCCAAGCCAGCCUACCUGCCUCCUCCGCCGCCGGUUGUCAAGGUCAGCCCACCCAAGCCAGCCUAUGUGCCACCACCAGUUGUGAAGGCCAGCCCACCGAAGCCAGCUUACCUGCCUCCUCCUCCGCCAAUCGUGAAGGUCAACCCACCCAAGCCGGAGUACUUGCCACCCGCCCCCGUGGUCGAGGAGCCCCGCUACGUGGCACCUGCCAUCGUGCCCACCUUCAAGAUCCCGAUCCCCUCGUACGCUGCCCCGCUGGAGGAACCGCUGAACACCUACCUGCCGCCCCAGGAGAUCGUGGAGCCCAAGAGCGACGAUGGCUACCACUACGAUCCCCCGGCCGAGCCGUUCCUCUUCUAAACCGCACUCAUCCCAAGCCAUUUCUUGUUUGUUGCCUUCGAAUGUCACGUGUAUUUACCUCUAGUUAUUUAUUGUUUACCGAGCUCAGCCUGCACUAAAAACGAAAUAAAGCUUAGCACUGCGAAAACGUAA